AUGGCGGGCGGGCGGGCGGGCGACGGCCGGCGGGCGCCCGGAGAUGGCGGCGGCGGCAACGUCAGGCGGCCGGCCGGUGGCCCGGCGGCCGACGGCGGCGGCGGCGGCGGGAAGGUCGGUCCGCCUCCGGCGACCGGCGGCGGCGGCCGGCCGGUGACCGUGACCGACGCAGCGGCGGCGAGCCGGCGGCGGCCGGCGGCGAGGAAGAGGGCGUUGUCGCUGGAGGUAGUGCUGUUGCUGGUGUUGCUGUUGAAGCAGCGCUUUGCCCAAUUGACACCAUCAAAACUAGACUUCAGGCAAAAUUAA